AUGGCAGAUAUAUCGAAUUCCAGAUCAUCCCAUCCCUCCUCAUCAGCACCAAGCACAGACGCUCAUGCAGAUGCUGCCUCAAAAUCAGCCCUGACAAAGGCAAAGCACAAUCUUACUUAUCUUUUCAAUCCCAAAGACACAGCUCAUGCACCAGCCAGGCUACGCACCCGGGCCCUCCUGCGGUCACUUCGCUAUAUCAGCACGUUCAUAUUCUGGCGCAUAGUGCGCUAUGGCAAGUACGUCGUUGUGGGCUCCGUUGUCGCCGCAUUAUCAGCUACGGCUGUCGGAAGCUUUGCGACGGGCGUGGGGUGGUUAGUCGCGCCUCCCACAAUCGCUGGCACCAUUGGGAUAGGCGCACUUUGGACAAUCGGGAAAUGGGGAUUCUCGAAAACCAAGGUUGGAAAGAGGAUGGAGGCUCAGCUUGCGAGCAACAAGCAGGAUGGGAUGACGGAGUCGACUCCAGCCUCGAUCGCCUCGACUACAAGGGAGGAUGGACAAUGGAGAGACAUUCAGGGACCUCGCGCCGUUCCUUGGUGA